UGGCUGGUUAUUUUGCAAGCGGGAGGGGCCGUGCGCGCUCUUGCCUCUGGCCUCUGUCCCCCCUCUCCCCCCUUUCCCGGGUCUGGGUCUCUCCUUCGGAAAGAUGUCGGACACAGCAGUAGCUGACACUCGGCGCCUUAACUCGAAGCCGCAGGACCUGACCGAUGCUUACGGGCCUCCAAGUAACUUCCUGGAGAUCGAUAUCUUUAAUCCACAGACAGUGGGCGUGGGCCGCGCGCGCUUCUCCACCUAUGAGGUUCGCAUACGGACAAAUCUACCUAUCUUCAAACUGAAAGAGUCCUGUGUACGGCGGCGCUACAGUGACUUUGAGUGGCUGAAAAAUGAACUGGAGCGAGAUGGUAAGACUGUAGUACCACCACUGCCUGGGAAAGCCUUGAAGCCACAGCUUCCUUUCAGAGGAGAUGAAGGGAUCUUUGAGGAGUCAUUCAUUGAAGAAAGGAGGCAGGGCCUUGAACAGUUUAUUAAUAGAAUUGCUGGGCACCCACUGGCUCAGAAUGAACGCUGCCUACACAUGUUCCUGCAGGAGGAGGCAAUUGACAGGAACUACGUCCCUGGGAAGGUGCGCCAGUAGGAGCCCCUCUCACCACUUGCCCUCUACUUUCCUGCUGAAAUGACAUUGGUUUUUACACUAAGCCUCUCUCUCUCUCUCUUUGAUCUGAAGUUGGCUAUCCAUCCCCUGGCCUGAUAGACUGUUUGGCAUUGUGACCCUUGGUACCUGACUACACUGUGUGGGCACUCUGCUUGGAUUUUCUUCUCGGAGGAGACGUGGAAAACCACAGGCAGAUGCUGUUUGCUUGGGAUUGGGGGGUGGGUAGGGAGUUGGACUGGAAGGCAAUUUUGGGGGCAUUCACCCAUGCCAGUUGGCUAACCUUGGGGGGAGGGGGACUUUGCUGGAAAGCACUUGUAUACAUACUGAUGCUGCAAGUCCAGGGGAUUAUUUUUCUUACUUUUAGGUUUAACCAGGACAGCUGAGCAGGGAAAAACAAAACAAAAACAAAAACAAAAACCCCCUGCCUUUCCUACCUGCAUGAACAUUUUCCUUUUUGAGAAGGUGGUAGAGACCCCAAAGCUCUCCUUGUUUCCUUUAGGCCUGCUCCCAGUUCUCACAAGUUUAUUUUGCUGCUUUCCCUUUCUCCCAUGUUGCUUUUCCAUGGCAGUAAUCCUAGAAUUUAAGUAGUCUGUUGUGUAGGGCAAGGUGUGUGGGUUUCCUGGGCCCCUCAUCAUGGCUGCUACAGAGUCAGAAGAAAGCCAUAGGGCAGUAGGGGAGCGCCUAUUACCUAGCCCCUCUCCUUUUGUGGCUCCCUACUCUGGCUGCCUAGUUUUCCUCACCAGCAGGUGAGUAAGUAUGGGCCAACUGUUCUUCCUUUCCAAGCCCUUUCUACUUUAGGGGUUAGCUUUGUGGGUUUGGUGGGUUGAGGAGUGGAGAUAACACCACUGUCAGGAGAUCUCAUGGAUGGUGAAAGCAGAUCAUGUUCUAGGUUCCUCUGGGUGGUAGGGAAGGACUUCACCUCUUUCCUCCUGUCAUUCUCCCUUCCUCCAUCCCUUUAGUGCUCUCCCAAGGGCAGAAGCACACAAACAAACCACACAGUCUCUUGAUUUCUUCUAAGCACUUUUGAGCUGUUGAAUGGGGCUCAGGGGCAAGAGUCAUUAGCUGCCUUCGCCAGCUUGGUCACAGGGUUAUUGAACUACCUGCACUUGUUUCCUAUGGAACUCCAGCCUUGUCCCCAGAACCUGAACUCAGGCUAGCACCUGGGUAUGGAUUUCCUAAAUUUUACAGAGGCUAAAGCAGCUUGUUGAGUCUGGCAGCUCUCUUGAACUUUUGUUUGGGAGGUAGUGGUUUGUUUGCUGGGCAUGCUAUCCAAAGUGGUGAUAUAAG